GGCUGUCCAUCGCCUUCUUCUAGACCCAUCUUCUUCUCCUUUUCUCUCCUCCUAUCAUGCCCUCACUCCCUCUCAGCGCCAUCCUCAUCCUCUUAAUCGUCACAUGGUCCCAAGCCUCUCCAGCCCCAUGGCAAUGCAGACCCGGUCUAGCUGACCUAAACACCAUCUACCCUGAUCUCGCCCCCAAUCUGCAAGAGAACAGGACUAUCGGGGAGGGCACAGAUGGACAAGUCUUGUUCUCUACCUCAUCUGCCACAGCGCUGAAGCGCUUCUUCCCAGAGUCCACCUCUGCGGACAGGAUACAUGACGAAUACUGGAUUGGCCGCACGCUUGUGCAUCCCAACAUCGUGGCGACGCACUCGCUAAACUAUGUCGGGUCGGAUACGCGAGGCUACUGGGAGAUGGAAAUGGAAUACGUUCCUUUUGCCCUACUUGACCUUCUCGACUACGACCGAUGGGCCGAGCGGCCAUGGUCCUUCGACGCCAUCAGUUGCUUGUUCGCGCAAAUAAUUGACGCCGUUGCCCACAUGCAUGAAAACGGGAUUGCGCAUCGCGAUCUCAAGGUCGAAAACAUCAUGGUGGCGCGGGACGGCACGGUCAAAGUGAUUGAUUUUGGCAGCGCGGCAGUGUCGCGGAACUUGCUCACCGGCGCACGAAUCGGCAGCUGGGCUAAUUGGAUCGGGACACCAAUUACCAUGGCGCCAGAGGUUCAUGGGGAGCGCUUCUUCGAUAUGGAGAAGGCGGAUGUGUGGUCGCUUGCUGUAGUGUUUGUGAGGUUGUGGUUGGGCGUCUAUCCUUGGGAACCAGAAAUGAUACUAGGAGGGCUGGAAGAAAACGAAGCGUUUGGUGUUUACGCGGAGGAAACUAGGGAUAAGAGAGUGUGUGGUGAGGCUGAAGACGAGGAUCGAUUGCUGUGCCAGAUACCGCUUGAGAAGGCGAGACUUGUGAUUGCCGCGAUGCUGGAGCUUGAUCCGAUGCGGAGGAGCACUUUGCCAGUGGUCCUGAACAGCGAUUGGCUUGGAGAGACAUUCAAUCAAAUGCUCCGCAACAAGUCUGCGUCUACCUAAUGUGUCGUGCAACUCAACCAUGAAGAGUUCGUCUUCCAGGGAUCACAUCAUUGUACACAGGGGUGACAUGGGAAAAAAA